GUGGUCCAAUCCGGUCUGGUCCAGUCCAGUGCUAAGUGCUAGCUCAAACUCAGACGACUCUCACUCACUCUACUGUCUACUGUCUCCCCUUUCACUUCUACUCUCUCUCUUCGAUCAAUCUCUCCAAUCUGUCUCCUCCUCUAGGGUUUGCAGUCUCAUCAAAGUCCAAAUCUAUGUGAAGAAGUCUGAAAUUUUCUGAAGAGAGAUGACUGAUGCAAGCCCCAUGCGCAUUGAUGGGAGCACCACUGGCCAUGGUGAUAGUGGUGGAAAUACAACAGCUGAUACGUCAUCACAAGGGAACCAAGGCCUUACUACUCCAUGCCCACCCAAUGUGAGUACUACUGCUGAAGCUGCUACUAAGGGUAGAAAAAGAUCUUGGGUUUGGGAACAUUUUACUAUGGUUGGAGGUGGAGAUUCUAAAAAAGCAAGAGCGGCUUGUAAGUAUUGUGGGACUGAUUAUGCAGCUACUAGCGCAAAUGGGACAAAAAACUUGAUUGCACACAUUUUAAAGCAAUGCAAGAAAUACCCAAAUAGCAUAGGUAAGAGCCAAAGCACCCUAGCAUUUGAAUUUACUACUGAUGGAGGUAGUGGUGAUCUUUUUGCAGUACCUUUUAGUGUUGAGGAUUGUAGGCGAGCAUUAGUUGAGAUGGUGAUCCUAGAUGAGCUUCCAUUUAGGAUUGUGGAGGGUGAAGGUUUUAAGAGAUUUAUGCGUGUAGUUUGUCCCAAGUGGACUACAAAUAAAAUACCAAGUCGGAUGGCAAUUGCAAGAGAUUGUUUCAAUGUCUUUUUGAGGGAAAAGAAGAAGCUAGGGAAAGCUCUUAGGGGCCAAAGAAUUUGCCUUACCACAGAUACUUGGACAUCUGUGCAAAAUUUAAACUAUAUGUGUCUGACGGUACACUUUAUUGAUGACAAUUGGACAUUGCACAAAAGAAUAAUCAAUUUUUGUGUAGUGGACAACCACAAAGGUGUCACACUUGGAAGGGCAGUCGAAUCGUGUUUGUUUCAAUGGAAGCUGAAGAAGAUUCUUACUCUUACUGUUGACAAUGCAAGUUCCAAUAGUAGUUUGAUUGAGUUCUUGAAGGAUAAGACGAAAGAAAAGAAGGAUACUCUUUUAGAAAAUGAGUUCUUGCAUGUCAGAUGUUAUGCUCAUAUUUUGAAUCUUAUAGUUCAUGAGGGGUUAAAAGAACUGGAUGAGUCGAUAGCAAAGAUAAGGAAUGUUGUGAGGUAUGUAAGAUCUUCACCACAAAGGUGGAGUAAACUUCAGGCAUGUGCGGAGAGGGAGACAAUAUCAAGUAAAAGUCAACCUUGCCUAGAUGUACCAACAAGGUGGGACUUUACUUACAUGAUGUUGGAUAAGGCCCAAAAAUUUCAAAAGGCGUUUGAAAGAUUGGAGGAGGUCGACAAGAAUUUCCUCCCUACUUUGAGAGAGGGGGAGGAGGACGAAGAUGGUGAUGAUGGAAAUUGUGGGCAAAGUAAGAAAGGUAAGAACGUUUUUGGGCCUCCGGAGAGGGAAGAUUGGAUCAAAGUUAGGUUGUUUGUGAAGUUCCUUCAACUUUUUUAUGAUGCUGCAUUGCGGUUUUCAGGCUCCAAGGCUGUUACUGCAAACCAAUUUGUUCCAGAAUUGAUGUUGAUUCGAGAUACAAUCGAAGAGGAGUGUUUAAAUGAGAAUGAGUCAUUGAAGAAAAUGGCGAUGGAUAUGAAAUCAAAAUUUAAUAAAUAUUGGGAGAAUCUUGACAAUCAAAAUUUAUUGUUGUAUGUUGCAGUUGUUCUUGAUCCUCGAUACAAAUUGCGAUAUGUUCAUUUUGCUUUUAAGGGACUCUAUCAUGAUAUUUCUAAGGUGGAUGAGAAGACAGAACAAGUGAAAGAUGCUUUGGUUCGAAUGUAUGAAGCAUACCUGAAAAAUGAGAAGGGAAGGGAUGCACAAAAUAAUAUGUCUACACAAUUGUCGCAGGGGUCAAGUGGAAGUAGUAGCAGUGGGCCUUUGAGUGUGAGACGAUCUUUGAGGAUGGCUCAAUUUAUGAGAGAAAUUGAGGAGGAGAAUUCUUUAGAGAAGAAGUCUGAGGUGGAAAGGUAUUUAGAAGAGGGUUUGGCAAAACUUGAUGGAUAUUUUGAUAUAUUGAAUUGGUGGAAGGCUAAUUCUUGUAGAUUUCCUGUGCUUUCCUUGGUUGCUCGUCAUGUUCUUGCAAUCCCUGUAUCAACUGUAGCUUCUGAAUCUGCAUUUAGCAUAGAAGGCCGUGUGCUUGAUCCUUUUCGCAGCUCUUUGUCUCCUAGGAUGGUUGAGGGCCUCCUUUGUGCGCAAGAUUGGCUUCGUUCUUCUUCUACUCCAAUAAGCCUUCAAAAGGCACUGGAAGAUGUUGAGGAAUUUGAAAAGCUUGACUCAGAACUUGGUGAACUUACGAUUGCGGAUGAAGAAAAUCCUAAUGCAUCACUAGUAAAACAACAGCAGCAGCAGCAGCAACAACAAGAAGUACCAACGCUAACAUGGCCAGAGAAUAGCGAGCUUGAUCUUGAUUGGAUCAAGAAUCUGAUAUCGACCUUUGACUGGUCUUCCAAGAAUCUACCACCCUCGGAAUUCCAGUCAGUACUUCCAGUUCAAGUCUUUGAUACUCUGAUUCUUGCCGCAUCGAAGAUCCUCCACGAGGAACCUAAUUGUCUCACAAUUGAUCCUGACAAGUCGAGCACUGCCGUUGUUGUCGGUGACAUUCAUGGCCAAAUGCAUGAUCUCAUCUUUCUAUUGAAACAAGCUGGGUUUCCUUCUCAAAAUCAAUUCUUUGUAUUCAAUGGUAAUUAUGUCAAUCAUGGAGCUUGGGGCCUUGAGACUUUUCUUCUCUUGUUGGCCUGGAAGGUCUUUAUGCCAGAUAGAGUAUUUCUUCUCCGUGGAAAUCAUGAAUCCAAGUAUUGCACCUCUGUUUAUGGCUUUGAGAAGGAGGUGCUGACAAAAUAUGGAGAGAAAGGUGAGCAUGUGUAUCAGAAAUGUUUGGGGUGCUUCGAAGGGCUUCCUUUGGCCUCUGUUAUAGCGGGAUGUGUAUUUACCGCUCAUGGAGGGCUUUUCCGCAGCAUACCUUUGACCCAAUCAAAGACAUCGAAAGGGAAGAAGAAGAGUCGUAAACUAAGUUCCAACUCUGAGCCCGAGUCAUUAUCUCUUGGUUCUUUGGAGGAAUUAUCUAGAGCUCGAAGGUUUGUUCUUGAUCCUCCAGUUGAAGGCUUAAAUCUGAUUCCUGGUGAUGUGCUAUGGUCAGACCCAUCAAUGACUCUUGGUCUUUCUCUGAAUAAAGAGCGAAACAUUGGACUAUUGUGGGGUCCUGAUUGCACUGAAGACUUCCUCAAAAAGUUCAAUCUAAAGUUAAUCAUCAGAUCACAUGAAGGCCCUGAUGUGAGGGAAAAGAGGACUGGUUUUGGAGGAAUGGAUGAAGGAUAUACCAUUGAUCAUGUUGUGGAGUCAGGGAAGCUGAUCACUGUGUUUAGUGCUCCAGACUACCCGCAGUUUCAGGCAACAGAGGAAAGAUACAAAAAUAAAGGGGCGUACAUUGUUCUGGAACCCCCUAAUUUUGAUAAUCCAAAUUUUUACAGCUUUGAAGCAAUCGCUCCAAGACCACAGGUGAAUCCCUAUUAUGACUAUGUAAAUGUGAUUGACUCUAAUAAAGAAUUGGACCUGGCAUCAAUGGAUCCUAUUGAGGAACUUCCAUAGGUUGACAAUCAAACACAGCUACAAGUAGGCGAAUCAGUGUUCUGAUGCACUGGCUAAGUUUGGCACUAGCCAAUCUACUGACUAUGUUAUUUUUGAUAGCCCACCACUUGUGGUGGAAAAUUUGGUGGCUUUUGAUAAAUCCGAGCUAUUUAUAAUAGAUUUAUUUGCAGUUAAUAUAUUUGCACUGUCGUAUUAUCAUUAUAUGAUAUUUUGGAUGAUACUUCCCAAGCUAGUAUCCGAUAUGUAGAUGUAAAAAAUUAAAAAUGAUUUGGUCAUGUUCAAUGUCUUAGGAGUUCAUGGAUUUAAGUAUAUGAGUUGGGUUCAAGUUGUAUAUGGAGUAAAAUUUAUGAGUGUACAUCACUUAAUAACUUUUUACUGGAUUCUUCAAA